CGCUUACUGACGCUACGCAGAAAAACUCCGCAGCUCGACGUCAGGUCCUCCAGGCUCAGGGAAACAGCUCGCUGGGUGCGAAUGAAAAAGCGCCCAGAAAGAGUUCAAGAUGGUGCUGGAGACUAUUUCCAAAAUCAUUAAAGUGCAGCUGCCUGCCUACCUGAAGAAGCUGCCGCUGCCCGAGACAAUCGGCGGAUUCACCAGACUCACAGUUUCAGAGUGGCUGCGUCUCCUGCCUUUGCUGGGAAUUCUGGCCCUGCUGGGCUAUCUGACCAUCCGGCCCUUCCUCCCGAAGAAGAAGAAGCAGAGAGACUGCCUCAUCAAUCUGAAGAUCCAAAAAGAGAACCCCAAAGUGGUUAACGAGAUCGACAUAGAAGACUUACGAAGCCCCAACGUCUGCUACUGCAGGUGUUGGCGCUCCAAAACGUUUCCUGUUUGUGAUAAAUCACAUAUAAAGCACAACGAGUUGACCGGGGACAACGUGGGGCCGCUCAUACUGAAGAAGAAGAUUCUAUAAUCUGCUUUUUUUACGGCCACGAGGUGCGGACAGCAGAGCAGGCACUCUCACUUCCCUUCAAGAUAAGCCACCAGUAUCUGUUUCUCAUCAUUAAAAUACAGUACAGAUCUUCACGCUUCUUCAGUCAUCCUCUAAAGGCUGCGUUCACACUGCAGGUAAAAUCCAAAUUCAGAUCAGAUUGGAUUUGGGCCAUCAUCAGAUUUACCUGCCGUGUGAAUCUACUAAUCUAAUUGUCUGGAUCCUACAAUGAUUGAUUUUUGCUUUUUAAAGACAUUGCCACAUUAGUGCAUUAGUGUGUCUCAUCUGUCCGUAUGCUGUGAAGAGUGGGACUGAUCUCACAGACCACCCUGUUGUUUUUUUGUACUUUAAAGUGGUUUAUUCAGUCUGCCUUAAAUUAAGUGCAAUAUAACUGGACUAGGGAUGCAUCGAAUAUUUGGCAACCGAAAUUAUGUGGCAAAACGGCAAAAAAAGAAAAAAUGCACUUUCGGUUUUCAGCUGAAACAAACGAGUAAUUCAUACUGAGAGAUUUAAAUUUGAGAGAGUAAUUACUCAAUCAAAUUGCAUCCAGUGUGGACUGAGGUGCUUUUUUUUUUUUUUUUUUUUUUU